ACAAGCACAUGGGAAAAUUCAAAUUGCACCAGGAACUACCUUCGAUUUUACUUCAAUUGAUUUGGAAGAUUGGGGUGAGAUCGGACGAGGAGGGUUUGGAACGGUGAAUUAAAUGAUAUUUCGUCAUACAAACACCGCAAUGGCUGUGAAACGAAUCAGGAUAGUCGAUGAAAAGGACCAUAAACAAUUAAUGGACUUGGAAGUGGUAAUGAAAUCAAAUGACUGCAAUUACAUUGUUCAAUUCUAUGGAGCUCUUUUCGAAGAGGGCGACUGCUUGAUUUGUAUGGAACUGAUGGAUAUAUCUUUGGAUAAAUUCUACAAAUUUAUUUGCGAAAAACAGGGUGAACGUAUACCCGAAUCAAUUGUAGAAAAAAUAACCGUUGCAGUUGUCAAGGCUUUAAAUUAUCUGAAAGAAAAACAAAAUAUCAUCCAUCGAGAUGUUAAACCGAGUAACAUUUUAUUGAACAAACGUGGUGAUAUCAAGUUGUGUGAUUUUGGCAUUUCUGCAAAGUUGGUCGAUUCAAUUGCAAGAUCCAGAGACGCUGGCUGCAGACCUUAUAUGGCGCCUGAAAGACUCAAUCCCAAGACUGCUAUAACAGCCUAUGAUGUUCGCAGUGAUGUUUGGUCACUUGGGAUUACAUUAUACGAAAUUGCGACUGGACGUUUUCCAUAUAAAAAAUGGGAAAGUGACUUUGAACAGUUGUACCUUGUUGUUAAAGGUGAUGCACCACGUUUAACAAGAUCUUAUAAUGAUAUUGGCUUUUCUGAUGAAUUCAUGGACUUCGUCAAUACAUGUUUAAUUAAAGAAAAGAGAAACCGCCCAAAAUAUCCACAACUUCUGCAACAUCCAUUAAUCAAGCGUGGUGAACAAAGCCAUGCUGAGGUCACAUCUUAUGUUAGUGACACUCUGCAAACUAUGGUAAAGCAAGGAAUGACCCUGUUUACUGCUAAUGAGCAUUAAAAAACUAGCGGAAUGUUGAUUUAUUAUUGUGAGCAUUUAUGUUACUUUACUAGCAUUUAAUAAAAGCUCCGAUCUUCAAGUU